GAGGGGGCGCUUUAAAACUCAGCAAGCAGCAGCAAGUGUGGCGGCGGCCGUGUGGUUUGUGAACGGCGGAAGAGAAGUUGGCAUUUUUAAUUUAAGGAGAAUAGAAAAGGCGAAUAUUGAACACGUUCCACACACUCUACCAUUUAUAUGUCAAAAUGUCUACAGAUAACAACGACGUAGAAAACUGGCCUGAAAUACCGGGAUAUUGGGAAGUUACAAAAUCAGCAUUUUUACUUUUAAAACACGAGCUAAACGGAAAUUCGCACGGAAAAGAUUUUAUUUCAGAAAUCGAACAUUGUUGUAGCCUGACUACCGCAGAAGUAAGCAUUGUGUUAUUGGGUGCAGUAUUAUUUACCAUCGGUCGCUUUGUAACAAGCAAAUACAUAUUUAUUCCAUGGGCAAAGAGAGCAAAGAUACCGAAGAGAGAUGAAUCAAAAGUGCCAGAAAGUGCUUACAAAUCUUUAUUCUACACAUCUAUAUGGUUUAUAAUGUUGUACAUAAUAUUCGGACAUCAUGAGCAUAUAUUCAGAGAUCCAGUUUCAUGUUUCACAGGUACCACAAUAUAGGAUUGCUUGUGUUCUUCUUGCAUGACAUUACCGAUGUGUUUUUGGAGAAUUCUAAGCUGUUGAUUUAUUUCAAGAUACGUAGGGGUAAGAAGUAUCCCAUCAAUGACCAACUAGCCAACGUCGGCUUUGCCGGAUUCAGUUUAUCUUGGUUUGUGUGCAGAUUGUACUGGUUCCCGUUGAAAGCCUUGUGGUCGGCUUCAAAGGUUACCGAUUUCGAUGACAGACGCAUGCCGUUCGUCCUGCUUCUAAACUCAAUGCUGUGGGUUCUUCUUGUAAUGAACAUCUGGUGGUUUACGUUUAUCUUAUCGAUGCUGUACAAGGUAAUAACAGGACAGUCGACAGAGAUUGAUGACAUUAGAGAGGAAGACAUAGUCCCAUCAGAAAAGAAAUUAAAUGAGAUGCUUCAUGUUGGUAAUGGCAAACAAAAUGGAAUCCACAGUAAGAGCAAUGGAAAGACAAUACACAACAACGGUACAACGUUGACACACAGGCCAACAGCUGCUGGAGAAGCAACAGAACUAGUAACAGGGGCAACGCCGGUAACAGCUGUUUCAGAGUGAUAAAAAGCCCACAUAUUCACCAUACAGCAACCAUAACAAAUAGACUAGAUUCUACUUAACACACAAUAGUAGUCAGUUUUUAUUUGAAUUAUCAACUGGCUGUGGUAAUCACUACUUACAAUUGUGUACAUGGUUGCUCUUGUCAUUGACAUCUUUCAAUAAAUCUAAUUUUGUUGUUCAUUAUUUGAUGUUAGGUCACCUGCAGUGUUGGAUUCAUUUCUUAUUGAGAUGAUAAUGAAUAUUGAUAAUGAUAAUAAUAUACAGUAUAAAUUAUCAUCUUUAAUAUAGAUGAAGGUGCAUUUCCACACCAAAUUUUCUAUCAUGUGAUUUAUCAUCUUUAUUGAGGAAGUCAGAAAACAGUCAAAGAUAACUGACAAACUAUUAUAUUAUUGUAUAAAGU